AUCCCCAUACGGAUCCCCCAACUGCUCCUAUAUAACUAGCCAAUUCUGUUCACUUUCUUUAUCCCACUAAGCCGUUUUCAAAUUAUUGUAUUACAAUUUAGAAGAAACAUUAACCCACCAAAAAACCAAUUAAAAUGAUCAAGUUGAGGUGCAAGAAGUUCUUCAGAAGCAAUUCCAAGUUUGCAAGUACUACUAGUGCUGCUACUGCCGCGGCAGCAUCAGGUGGAGACGCCAAAUUAGGUGGUGAAAUCAAAUGGGAAAUGCGUCCAGGUGGUAUGUUGGUUCAAAAGAGAGAAUGUGCAAAGAAUGAUGGAGAAUCAAUCAUCACCCUUAGAGUCUCUACUGUUUCUCAGUGGCAUGACAUUUCUAUACAAGCUACUUCAUCUUUUGGAGAAUUAAAGAUGAUACUGGCAAUGGUAACUGGUUUAGAACCAAAAGAGCAAAGGCUAUUAUACAGAGGAAAAGAAAGAGAGGAUUAUGAAUAUUUGCACAUGGUAGGGGUGAAAGACAAGGACAAAGUGUUGCUCUUUGAAGAUCCAGCUAUCAAAGAGAGAAAACUUCUUAAUUUGGCUGAAACAAGUGGACACGUCCAGGUCAUAGGAGGAUCCACUUACCAUACCAUUUGUGUCUAAAAAAAAUUCCUAUUAAUUACUAGUUAACAAUGUGUAGUGUGCAAUAUGUCUAAUUUCUUGCCUAAAAAACUGACCCUCUCCUCAUCAAAAAAAAAUGAGUGAUGAUGGAUCAAGAAUGGUGAUAAAUAUAUAGUCACCAACUUGCCCAAAUUAGGUUAGGUUGUUCUUGUUUUCCUAUGAUGUGUUAGCAAAUUUUAUAUGCAGCCCAAGUGGGGUUUCCAUGGCAGCAUAUAUGAAAAUGUUUUAACAGGUGCAUGUCUGCAUCAUCUCGAUUAGGUUAUCGAGUUUGUAAAUUUUAGUAUAGUUUUUGUCAAUAUUUUUGGUCCUUUUUUCUUUUCA